UGUGAGGCUCAGUCUAACUCCAUAAUAUACAUGCCGGCAUCAACUCUCUCCUGAUCAUAGCCCCCUCUUCCUUGGCUUCUUAUUUCUCGAUCACAGAACACCAUCCACAAUCAUGGCGGCCAUCAGAGUACAUGGAAGCCCUUUCUCAACAGCUUCGGCUCGAGUUCUGGCUACACUUUAUGAGAAAGAGGUUGAAUUUGAGUUUGUUCCGGUAGACAUGAGAGCUGGGGAACAUAAGAAGGAGUCCUUCCUGUCCAUCAAUCCGUUUGGUCAAGUCCCAGGCUUUGAACAUGGAGAUUUAAAACUCUUUGAAUCAAGGGCAAUUACAAAGUACGUUGCCAACGAGUAUGCUGAGAAGGGGACCCACUUGGUAUGCGGAGACUCUAAGAAGAAAGCAAUCAUAGGGGUGUGGAUGGAGGUGGAGGCCCACCAAUUUGACCCGGUAAGUUCGAAGCUUACCUGGGAGCUGGCAGUCAAGCCAGUGUAUGGCAUGGCUACGGAUAAAGCAGUUGUGGAGGAGAACGAAGCUAAGCUGGCUAAGGUCCUUGAUGUUUAUGAGAGUCGACUGGCUAAGUCGAAGUACCUGGGAUGUGAAAGCUUCACCUUGGUAGAUCUGCACCACCUGCCCAACAUAAAUUACUUGAUGGGCACUGAGAUUAAGAAGCUCUUUGAUUCCCGCCCCCAUGUCAGUGCGUGGAUAGCCGAUAUCACAGCGAGGCCAGCUUGGUCGAAGGUCCUUGCCAUGCAAAAGCAACAGUAAUGAGUAAACUGUUGGGGUGGUGCUCUAGGACUUAUGUUAUUGGGUCGUUCUCUCUGAGUUUUUAUUUAUGUUUUCCCAUCAGUUUUCAAGUUGAAGGGCUUCAAGUUUAUGCAGUAUUCCGUUGUUUUUCAAUGGUUAUUCUUGCAGGGCUAACUGCAAAGAUUGAAAAGAAUAAUUAACUCAAAUCUUUCCUCUUUCCAA